AGGCCUUCCAGAUACCAGCCAACUACAUGGAACUAUGACUUCAUCCAGUCCAUUACCAGCGUAACAUCACAGAUCGAAACAUAAAGGACUAGAGUUGAAGAAUUGAGAAGAGAAGUUCGACAACUUAUAACAUCUACAACUGAGCAAGUGGCUCAGUUGGAGCUCAUCGAUUCACUCGAACGUUUAGGUGUAGCCUAUCACUUUGAGAGUGAGAUUAGGCGAUCGCUAGAUGCCAUAUCCAUGAGCACUAGACAAUUUGAGGACCUCUACUCUUCUUCACUUUGGUUCAGUAUUCUGAGGAAACAUGGCUAUAAUAUUUCUGCAGAGUGUUUUAGUAGAUUUAGGGAACAGUCUAGCCAGUUCUCUGAGAAUCUUCAUGAGGACGUGAGAGGGUUGCUGAGCCUCUACAAAGCAUCACAAAUAGCCUGUGAAGGAGAAACUGUGUUGGACGAAGCUAUGGCCUUCUCUUCAGAGCAUCUUAGAGCAAGGAUAAGCCGCAUGGACCAGAGGAUGUCUCGACAGGUACAGCAUGCUCUGCAGGUUCCACUCCAUAGAAGGGUUCACAGGGUCGAGGCCCCAGAGCAUAUUGAGACAUUCGAGAGGAUGGACCGCAGAAGCCAAGCGCUUCAUGAGUUCGCUAGGCUGGACUUCAACAUCGUGCAGACAAUCCACCAAGGAGAGCUCAGGGAGUUAUCCAGGUGGUGGAGGGACUUGGGCUUGGGCGAGCACAUUAGCUUCACCAGAGAUAGGCUGGUGGAGAGCUACUUCAUGGCGGUGGGGAAGAUGCAUGAGCCACAGUUAUCACAAUACAGGAUGCAACUCCCCAAGGUCUCCUACUUGAUGGCCACCAUUGAGGUCAUCUUCGGCGAGCAUCAGUGGUGGAGGGACUUGGGCUUGGGCGAGCACAUUAGCUUCGCCAGAGAUAGGCUGGUGGAGAGCUUCUUCAUGGCGGUGUGGAAGAUGCAUGAGCCACAGUUCUCACAGUACAGGAUGCAACUCCCCAAGGUCUCCUACUUGGUGGCCAUCGUUGAGGUCAUCUUCGGCGAGCAUCAGUGGUGGAGGGACAUGGGCUUGGGCUAUCACAUUAGCUUCCCCAGAGAUAGGCUGGUGGAGAGCUACUUUAUGGCGGUGGGGAAGAUGCAUGAGCCACAGUUCUCACAGUACAGGAUGCAACUUGUCAGGGUCUCCUACUUGAUGGCCACCAUUUAG